CUUCCUCGCGGGAGUCUGCCCGCGGCACGCAACGCACAAAAAUGGGCGUGCAGGGCCGGGCAGCGACGAGGCGCAGUCCUUCCUGCCGCCGCCUUUGACUCGCGAUACCACAUCACCUUGCACUGCUUCCUUCGACGUCGUACCAGUCCGCCAUGGCAUCCUCUUCUGCUGCGACUUCCUCGUCGUCGUCCCCUCGGCGCUUCACCAUCAAGGUCCCCUGCACCUCCUCCAACAUCGGCCCUGGCUUCGACGUCGUGGGCCUCUCCCUCUCCCUCUACCUCACCCUAAAGGUCACCGUCGAUGCCAAUGCCUCCAACGCCCUGCCCACGCUCUCCUACACCGGCGAGGGAGCGAGCGAGGCUCCUCUAGACCCAUACAAGAACCUCACCACUCGAUGUGCCUUGUACGUGCUGCGCUGCGCAGGAGUCAACUCUUUCCCGCACGGCGUGGACAUCAAGGUGAACAACGAGGUGCCCUUUGGCCGUGGUCUGGGCUCAAGCGGAGCAGCCGUCAUCGCUGGUAUCCUCUUGGGUGAUGCACUAGGCUCUCUCAAACUCUCUCGUGCUCGUCUGCUGGACCAUGCUCUCAUGAUUGAGCGGCAUCCGGACAAUGUCACCGCUGCCCUCAUGGGAGGCUUCGUCGGCUCCUACCUGCUGGACCUCUCGCCCGAAGACGUUCAGCGGAAAGCUGUGCCUCUGUCAGAGGUCCUGCCAGAAUACCCUUCCGAUGCUGGAGAAGAGUGGGGUAGGGAUCCUCCCAGCCCGCCACAAGGCAUCGGGCACUUUAUCAAGUUUGGUUGGGCAAAGGAGAUCAAGGUCAUUGCCAUCAUCCCGCAGUUCGAGGUCUCCACAGCCAAGGCUAGGAGCGCAUUGCCAGACACGUACAAGAAGGAAGACCUGAUCUUCAAUCUGCAACGUCUAGCUGUUCUCACUACGGCACUAGCCCGCUCACCGCCAGACUCCUACCUCAUCUUCCAAGCAAUGCAGGACCGUGUGCACCAACCAUACCGCAAGCACCUCAUCCCCGGCCUCCCUCGAAUCCUGUCAUCGGUCACACCCCAGUCCCAUCCAGGCCUGCUCGGCAUCUGCCUCUCAGGAGCCGGUCCCACUAUCUUGGCUCUCGCUACAGAAAACCAAGAGAGCAUCGCAAAGACGAUCGUAGAGGAGUUUGCAAAGGAGGACAUCAAGUGCAGGAGCGAAUUCCUCGUCGUCACAGAAGAGGGCGCAGUGGUGACUGAAGAGUAGACGAGCCUUCGUGGAGCAAUAAAACGGGUCAUUAUGAGACGUCUUGAUGCUACAAUAGAUUGUGAAGUGCCUUCCAUGGCUCGUGUCGCGUUCAAACAGGCGCUGUGCCCCCUCAUCCGCCCGCAAUCUCUUCCCUCAGUACACCUUGAGCCACGGCAGACCCCUUUGAUAGGCCCUCCUUCUCCUUCUCCCUCUCCUCGCGCCUGUUGCGCUCCCCGACC